AUGAACGGCAUUAAUAAAAGCACACAGACGGCCAAUCAUCUGGAACACAGUAGUUUGUGUGCAACGUGUGUUGACUAUGAAGUGGGAGUGUUUCUGGGAGGCACGAGGCAGAAACCAUCAAGUGCGAGAUCGAGGAUUGCCUCAGACUGUUUUGCUGCAGUGACCCAAGAAGACCAAAAAGGAAAGAACCAAGAGAAAAAAAUGCACUUUAGAGUGGUUCUUCUCCUCCUCGGUAUCUCCCAAAUUGUUCCUUCCCAGGAAUGGAAACAUGAGACGUCACAUUGGUACCCAAAAGAGCCCAAAGAUACCAAGAUCUGCGCCAACCUGACGCAAAUUCUGGACAACUGGAAAUUUGCCAUUUUAACACGAGUUAAAGAGCUGCUCAUCAAUGACCACCACUCUGUCCUUCCGGAAUACAGCCGGAUUGCCCCGCUGUCAAACGCUCUGGGGGAGCUUCACAGACAGUUCGACGACCUCAAGCGCGAUCUGGCAAGCCUCACUGUUAAGUUUGAUGGCGUGGAGGCUUUUGUGGACCGUGUCACGGAGCGAGGCUUCCCGCAAAGGCCUCGACAGGGCGCUGGUCUCAGGUCAGGCCAGAUGAGAGUUUUACAGCCAAUAAGAGUGAGAAGAAGAGGGUUACACAGAGCCUAGUGUUGUGUUCUUCCUUUCUGAAAUUAAACAUCCAAGUGCGUAAAUAUUUUGUUUUUCUGAGCGAGACAUUCUUCACUACUAAUCUGCAUAAUAACUGCUCCAACACAAAAUCUCCCCACAAAUGAUGAGUUAAAAGUUAAGACAACACCUUAAUCAUGUACAUUCCAGUGGAAAUAAUCCUGUUUAAUUAAAAAAAUAAUAGUAAUAAUAAUAAUAACAAACGCCAGUAUUUUAGGGAAGCGGCAAUCAGACACUUUAUCAAUGCCAGCGCUAUUUACUGUAAGCCAAUCAAAUAUGAGGAUGCCAAAUUGCUGUUAUAAAAUUGACCUGUUCUCGAGUCUAGCAGUGUAUUUGUGUGUGUGCAUAACUGACAUCACAAAAUGGCUGCUUCAGUGGCAAAACAAAUGUUAACAGGGCCCAGGUGCGAUGAGCGUAAACGCCACCCCACCCCGGAACAACCGGCUGGCAGAGAUAAUUCAGCUAGCCACAUCAUCUUACCUUUCUGUUUGACCCUCAUCUUGCCAAACCACGUCCACUUUACACCCACAAACCAGGCCCUACUAAGGUUGUCUUUCACUUUUAGAUCCGUGUAAGCGAAUGGUAUAUCUUGUGUGUUUGGUGGGGCUUGCGUGCGGCUGGAUGUGAUUGGGCGCGCUCAGGUGGUGGGUCCCGGUGCCGGGACUGGCGGUGGGGCGGCGUAAGGUCGGUUGCCAACAGGAUUACACUCACAAGGGAUUCACACGAUUACUGGGUUCUAGAUCACACAGCUGAUUUUUGUACACUCUACCCCUCUCAAUCACUUAGCUUAUAGACUUCCCCACCCCCCUCCGCUUGUUUCCCUGAUCAACAGGCCCCCCACAUGGUGUCAACCAGAAAUACAUCUAGCUGAUAAUAACACCAACAUAUUAAUAGUUAGUGUAGGCGUUCAAUGUAUUUCUUGUUGUUGUUUGUGUUUCUUUUCUUUCUUCUCUUGUGUUUCUUUUCUUUUGUUUCCCCAUAACCCCUUCCUGUUCGCUGCUUUGUCAUAAUAAAGGAAAUAUGUUGAAUGAUCACAAUGGGAGUAAGUCAUACUCUCAAUGUGAAACAUUAAAACUGUUCAGACCAAACGUACAUUUAGACUUCCAUUCUCCGUGUCAAACAGCUGAGCAGCACAGGUUUACCAUAAAAAAAAAAGAAAAAGUAAUGAGUAACAUUGUGAGCAACUGCUUGCAAUGUAUGAUUUUAUUUUUUCUUUAAACAAUGGUAUUUUUUUCUCAGCACAACUUCAUAUAAAUGAACUGUCAAUAAUACACUGUAGUAGAGAUGUGAUGCGAUCGGGUCCGAUCACGUCAUUUUCAAAGUAUUGGAAUCGGCAAAAAAAUAUCGGCCAUGCUUUUUUAAACAUAUAUAUAUUUUAAUUAAAUCGUUUUCUAAUUGUAUUUAACGUUACAGACAUAAUAUGCUACACUCAUCCAGAGUCUUUAAUUUAGGCUUAAGGUAGGGUUAUCAAAAAUAUCCCGAUAAAGGCGGCAAUUAGUUUAUCAAAAAAUGCGUCACGUUAAAAUAUUUAACGCUAUUAAUAAAUGCGCUGCACGACCCUCUCACUCAUUGUCGCGCUCAAUCUGUAAUGACGCCGUUGUACCUAUAUAGAGAGAUAAAAGGCAUCGCAUAAUGAGUAGAGUGAAUUUUGGCAGCCAUUGGAGCCUUUCUUCAAUUGGCUAUAACCAUGCAAUCCCUCUCCCUGUGACUAGAAAUAUCAUGGGAAGCAAUGUGAGGAAGCAAGGUAGCAACUGAUCUUUGGCUUAACACCUUAAAUUAUUUCCCAAAGCAGAGAAGAUAUAUCCAUUGGUAGCACGAUGCACAGUCAUGGUUUUACUUCCCAUCAUGCAUUGGGGCUUGGCUGCAGUAUCAUUUACUGAAAGCUCACCAGAUACACUUGAUGGCAAUAUUUAGUCACAAUACACAAAGUCACAAGUCUUUCUAUCCGUGGAUCCCUCUCACAGAAAGAAUGUUAAUAAUGUAAAUGCCAUCUUGAGGAUUUAUUGUCAUAAUAAACAAAUACAGUACUUAUGUACUGUAUGUUGAAUGUAUAU